AUGAUAUCAACAGAAGGUGCAAUGCAAGAGAUCUUUCCAAAGAAUGGUCAAGUUACGAUCUCAAUCUCGAAUCUUUUUGAGCACUACAUGCUUCUAUUCGACGAGCCUCAAAAUGUGAUUGACUCUGAAUCAACUGCAAAAGACAACAAAGUUGAUAAUCAAAAACAAGUUAUCGACGACACUGGUCAAAAGAUGGCUGAUGACCAAUCCAAAGAAACCGAAAGGCCAGAAGGAAGCGAACCUUCAUGUGACCGUCCUAAUGUCCAGGGGGAGGGAAGCGUUUAUCAUCAGGACCAAGGGAGCUUACACCAGCCAUGGUUCGCUCCAUUGAAGAGGCUGACAAGCGAAAAAAAAAGAGGAAAGAAGACUGAUAAUCUGAAGGAGGGACCUGUCUCUAAGCCAACCAAGGGGCAAUCCCCCAAGAAGCGAAAGUUUGAUAAGGCUGCAACAUCACAGGCUCAACCGAAGAAGCAGAAGAACCCUGAUAGGAGGCUUAUACUACAAUCCACAAGUGAUUCAGAUUCAGAGUAUGUUCCUCCUAAACAUAAGUAUACUCCUCCUUCAGAAUCUGAGAGCGAAAGCUCUGAUGACGAGGCUUCAGGCCGAGGUGAUACUCUGCCUCGCUCCCCUACCCCAAAAAUUCCAGUUCGCUGUCACCCUCCUUCACCUCCACCUGUAACCAUCCCUCCCAUAUUUCCCAUUCCAACCACUCAACCAUUCACUACAAUUCCCGUCCCUACUCCCAUUUUCACAACUACCACUACUAGGACUACUACCACAGGAGCUCACUUUACUGCUCCCAAUCCACCAAUAACCGAACCACCUGUCACAACCGAACGUCCUGCUACUUUAAAACCCUUAUCUCCAACUCAAUCCACUAAAACAACUACUAUUCUAGGCGGUGAGGACUUGGAAUUUGAUUCCACGUAUUUCAGUUCUUAUCGUGUGCAGAGUGAUGAUGAUGAUGAUGAGCCUAUUACAAAGCGUCAUCUCAAGGCAGUGAAUGAAAAGCUUGAUCAACUACUCUCAUCCUCUUCCUCCGAUUCCUUACAGGCUGCUGCUGCAAAGAACGCUCAAACCGUCAACGCUUCGGUCGAGAACCUUCAAUGGUCUCUUCAAUCUGAACAUUCUAAUCUUGAAGCUGCACGCCAGGGCAUUGUAGCUACCAACGAAACUUUACAUGCUAACGUCAAUGAUCGAUUGACUCAACUGGAGGUUAAGUUAGCUGUAGAGAAUCAUAUUGUGGAUGAGCUAGACAGGCGCAACUCACCGCUGAAAAUGCAAAACUACAAGCUGCGUACUGCUACUAUUGAGUCGAAACAAGGGGGAGAGAAGGUGACAACUCAACCUCCUUCUAGACCAAAACCAUCUACUGAACCAAAGGGUAAUGAAUCUUCGGUUAGUAACAAGGAGAAAAAGAAGAAGAAAAUUGGCGAGGAUGACACAGACAAUGAGGAUGAUGUCUAUGCCGAGAAUCCCAAGAAUCCCUUCCAGAAGGUAAAGCCCUCUGAAAAGGAAAUGGAAGAAAGCUACAACAAACAAAAAGCUAAGCUAGAGCAGAAGCGAAAGGAGGCGGAGCUCCUAGAGAAGAAAAAGCCCAUGUUUCCUGUCUGGACUAUGGAUUCGCUUCAAAGAUGCGCAAUCGAUGAGCCAAGCAUUCUCUGGCUUGAGCCAGUAAUGUCCUUUGGACUUGAGAACUCCAAGGAUGCACAGGUCGAUAUGCCAAUCACACGAAAGGCAUUUAGUUUCCGUUGCUUCAAUUCGACUGCUGCUAUUCCUUCCCCAGACCCGCAGAUUCGACAGACACUUCUCGCAAUAAUUCCUCGUUUGUUUAAAGUAAUAAAGACAGUGAAGCCAACACAUAAGAAAUGA